AUGGUGAAUACGCUUGAAUGGUUACCUGUUGAUGUUAUUUUUGAAAUAUUUUCGUAUUUAUCUUCUGUUGAAAUCCUUCAAUCAUUUUUAUCAUUGAAUAAUUAUUUUUCAAGAAUAAUUAUGCAUGAUUAUUUAUGGCAUAUUCAUAUUGGUGAUAAUAAGAUGUCGUUAUCAACGUUUAAGGAUUUAUGUCAACAUGUGUUAAAACUAAUAGGACAUAGAGUCAUUUCACUACGUAUUACAUUAACUAAUAUUAUUGGUGGAUGGUCACUUGUUUCAUCAUCUCUAAAAUAUAAUAAAAUGAUAUCACUUCGACGUCUUCAUCUGAUUGAUAUUAAACCACAUGAAUUUGAUAAGAUAUUGAAUAAUCGUUUAAUAAAACAAAUACAUACUUUAUUGGUCGAUGCAUCAGAACGUAGUCCUUUGACGAAUCAAGUAGUAGAAGGAGCAUAUCUUGCUAAGGUGUGUUCAUGCCUUCCUGACUUAACAAUAUGUCGACUUCCAUUUGAUUUUUGUCCUAGAAUUCGCAAAAAAUCACCAAAAUCUUCAUCUCCACCUUUGAUGACUUUACCAAAAUUAUCAAAUACAAAUCAUCUUCAUUCGUUGGUCAUGGGCAUAAAUACAUCAACCUUUCUACAACAUUUAUUAAAAUGUAUACCAUCUAUUAAAAAUCUUUCUGUUGGUAUACAAGAUGAAGAAAUAAACCAUGACAAUAAUUUUGAUAUUCACACAUUACCUACUCCUGUUGAUGCUCAUCUUCUACGUCAACUAUCUCGUCUUACUUUGAACUGUAUCGAUGAGAUAAGUUUUCAUAGAACCAUUGAGCUUUUUUCAUCUGUCUUUGGUCAACUCAUACAUCUAUCAUUAAAAUUAAUAGCUUAUUCCUCAGUAUUUGAUCCAUUGAUUAUAUCAGGUGACACAAUUCAAAAAUUAUGUAUUGAUCGUCUUAAUUCAUUAGCAACUUUUGCUCUUAAUUUAACAUUUAGUAUCAGCAAUGACAUGAAUAAUAAAGUAAUUUAUAAUUCAUUUGUUAAUGCUCCAUUUACUAAUCUACAACAGCCAAAAGUAUUUAUCCGAAAUGACUUUUUUAUAAGUAAUGGUUAUGAUAAGUAUUGUUUUGUCGUGUACACAUUACCCUAUACUGAUACUAAAUUCGGAAAGUCAAUUAUUUAUGAAUAUCUUCAAACAUCAUGUCCAUUGCAUGUAACAAAUGUAGAUUUGUUACUACGCCCAAAUGAAUUAUAUAUUAGCAAUAAUCAGUAUGAUGAAUGCCUUACAGAACUCGGUAAUUGUGGAAGUUCUUUAUCAUCACUAGUUCCAUGGUCAUUAAUUAAAAAAAUUACUAUCCAUGGUAGCUAUUCUGUUAGUGCUGCUCAACUAGAAGCCAUAUUACGAAUAGCUUACAAUGUAGAUACAUUAGAAUUGUAUGAUGAUAUGGGUCAUCUAACUCAGUUGAUAUUUCGUAAUACCGAUCAAGUUGGAAUUCGUGUUAAUCAACAAAUUCGAUCACUUCAUACGAUUGAUGAUACAUUAACAAUGUUUAAUGUUCAACAUUUUUGUAAAUUACUCUGCAGUCAAUUAUCUAAUCUAAAAAAACUUUCCUUUUCUAUCGCUCAUUCAGAUGAUAAUGGCACUUGGAUACAAUCACGUAUUGUUAACGGUGAAAAUGAAUCUACAAUACGUCUUGUUCAUGUUAUGCAUUUUCUGGUUAAUCAUUUGCCACAACUUGCUUCACUUCAUAUGUUUAUUCGCUACUCUAUUUCAUCUGAAACACCCUUUUUUCCACAUUUAAUUCGACAACAAUUGCAUGAAUGGCCAUUUAGUCGACCAUAUCGACUACAAUGUUCUUCCACAAAUAUUCAAAUCUGGCUUUAA